AUGGGGCCCUUCUUCUUCAACGUUUAUGAAGCAGAUAUAGCAGUUUCCACCUACGCAUAUAUCUUGAUGUUUGCAGACGACCUUAAACUGGUUAGAGUUAUCAAGAGCUUUGAAGACUGCCUCUCCCUUCAGAGUGAUCUCAUUGAGCAGGAACGUUGGUGCACCUUUAACUCAAUGGUUAUCAACAUGAAGAAAUGCAACGUCAUUACCUUCACAAGGAGCAAGAACCCGAUCUUUUUUAGUUAUUCCCUCUUAGAUCUACACAAUAUACAAAGAGUUACUUAUGUCAGAGAUCUCGGAGUAACACUAACGCAAACUCUUUCUUCGGACAUGCAUGUUCUGGAUAAUUUUGUUAGAGCCAACCGUCUCUUGGGAUAUAUACUGAGAUCAACUAGAAGCCAAACCAGCCAAAAAGCUCUUAAACUGUUGUAUUGUGCCCUGGUCAGACAGGUCCUGGAAUUCUCAGGAGGCAUCUGGUCUCCUUAUCACAUUGGUUUAAUCUCAGACUUACAAAAAAUCCAAGAUAAAUUUGUCAGAGUGGUGGGAGUGCGUCAGGGUAUGAAUUAUCGUGAGGUCCCAGUCAAUUUAAUGUCGAAGGAGCUCCAACUAUCUCCACUAGUGGUCCGCCGGAAGCUGCAAGAUGCGCUUUUCCUCUUCAAGUUGAUCAAUGGUGUAAUUAAAUGUCCUGAAUUGCUCCAGAAGAUUAAUUUUCGUGUGCCAUCCAGUACAAGAUCUCAAGAGCUGUUCUGGAGAAACCACCAUCCUACCUCCUACGACUGGAACUGCUCCUUGGUCCGGAUCCAGAGAUUCGGCUGCGCUAUCUUCAGCUCGGUAGAUUUCUUCAACUCUUCUCUCCCAGCAUUUAGGAAGAAAGUUAUGAAAAUCCUCAGUGAAGAGUAG